GGGGAUGGUACCCGCUCCAUAUCCUUAUGUUUUGACGAACAGUUAGGGUUUUAUAUUCGCUCUCUCUCUCUCUCUCCCUCCUCCGGCAGCGGCGAUAGCCAGCGGCGACGGUUCCAGCGUCGGCUCUCUCCGUCGGCUUUGACCAAGAUUCCGGCUAGGUAAAAUAAAGAUUAAUGUUGCAGCUGCUCUUGCCCUACUUUUCCUUUCCUUGAACCUGUUGAAAUCAAAACCAUGGAGGCCAACGAUGUUGACGAUGAAGAGUUUGGGUUCUCAAGAAACUAUUUUCUCGCAAAAGAGUUGGCCAGUUCUGGAAAGAAAUCAACUCACAAGCUCUCUGACAUCAAUCUUGUCGAUGAACAGGAGCUAAGAGAGGCCACAGCUAAAAUCGAGCCUAAACAUGAGAGUGAAAUUGCGUCUUUGUUGAACAAUUACAAAAGUUUGUACUCAAAAUGGGCUUUUGAGCUAAGGUGUGGCUUUGGCCUUUUAAUGUAUGGUUUUGGAUCUAAGAAGGCCUUGAUUGAAGAUUUCGCUUCAACAGAAUUAAUUGAGUGUGGUGUUGUUGUAAUCAAUGGCUAUCUUCAUUCGAUUAAUCUUAAACAGGUUAUGAUAGUCUUGGCUGAACUUCUAUGGGAUCAAUUGAAAAUUCAGAGGACUCCUUCAGGAAACUUGUCUAAAGUUCAACAGCCAUUUAAUUCCCGAUCCAUAGACGAUCUUCUUUCUUUUCUAGAUGGCCCGCAAGUGGAGGGAGAUGAAUGUUUUGUUUGUGUUGUUGUUCAUAACAUUGAUGGGCCUGGAUUGCGAGACUCUGACACUCAACAAUAUCUUGCAAGAAUAGCUGCGUGUUCUCAUAUACGCGUUGUUGCUUCUAUUGAUAAUGUGAAUGCACCUCUUUUGUGGGAUAAGAAGAUGGUUCACACACAGUUCAACUGGUGUUGGUAUCAUGUCCCUACAUUUGCUCCAUACAAGGUUGAAGGAAUCUUCUAUCCAUUGAUUCUUGCACAUGGAGGCACCACCCAAAGUGUUAAGACAGCUUCAAUAGUUUUACAGAGUUUGACGCCUAAUGCCCAGAGUGUGUUCAAAGUUCUUGCGGAACAUCAACUGGCUCAUCCAGAUGAAGAAGGGAUGCCAAUCAAUACAUUGUAUACAAUCUGUCGAGAGCGCUUCCUGGUUAGUAGUCAGGUAACACUGAAUUCCCACUUGACAGAAUUCAAAGAUCAUGAGUUGGUCAAGACUAGAAGACAUUCUGAUGGCCAGGAUUGCUUGUACAUUCCUCUAACAACAGAUGCGCUUGAAAAGCUGGUACUAGACAUCAGUCAAUAGUGGAUGACUCAGCUCUAAAGGUGAGCUGGGACAUUUUUUACCCAAAAUAUUAGACAUAGGUUGUGACUGGAACUAGUGCCAUCAUGUGUGGCACCAGUUUAGAUCCAUCAGUGAACUUCAGUCUUUUAGCGCAACAACAUAUGCUUACCAAAAUCAUUGUAUUGCAUCUAUUUUCUAUUUCAUUCUCCUUGAAACUACAGGAAAAGAGCUUUGUUGGGUGGAGACUGGUCAUCUUGGAUGGGUUAUAGUUUCAGAGUUUAAUUCAUUAGAUUCCAAUGCAAUUAGCCCUGCAGGAUUGUACGUGUCACCUUAUGAAUGUUAUCCAAGCACAAUGUUAUUCAAUUAA